UGCACAGUUGGUUGCAUUUUUUGUUUAGUUUUUUCUUUCAACAAAAACGACAGUGCCCACACCAAGUUGAUCAUGAAAGAGGAAAAAUUCGACGAUGGCAAGAUAGUCAGUUAUUUUACCAUUGAAGUCGAUGAGUCGCGUAAUGAAAGUGAAACCGCGGUAGUCACAACUUCGGAAAGAAAAACGACAAUACUCCAUGAAAUACACAAACAUCACAACAAUUUUGAAGUUUUAGCGGCGUCUUCGAAUGCAACGCCGAUUCGUAGCCACAACGGGCUGUUCUAUACGUGUUGCUUCUGUGCGGAUAAGUACACAAAUCCAGCGGAUUUGAAAACUCAUACACUGACGAAGCAUGAUACCAGCGAGGAUAGACGCAAGUUCAUGAGGAAACAGGACUCGGCAAAUUACGUACUCAAGCUUGAUAUUACGCAGUUGAAAUGCAGAAUGUGCGAUAAGAGCAUUGAAACAUUAGAGGAAUUACUAGACCACGUGCAAAAUGAGCACAAAAUGUUUCUCUAUACGGAUAUAAAGAAUAAUAUUUUUCCAUUGAAAUUUGGCGGUGAAAAGCUUCAGUGUGCUAUGUGCCCUCUCUUCUUCAAGAAAUACAGAGUUCUCGUAGAACAUAUGCACUCACAUUAUAGACAUUACGAAUGUGAACUUUGCGACUUUGGGUGUAUCAAUCGGAAAACGUUAUUAACCCACAAAGGAUCACAUAAAACAGGCUCCUUCGAGUGUAGCGUGUGCAAUAAAAUUUUCGUCACCCAACAGAAGUUGCAACAGCAUUUUUAUGCAAUGCACAAACACAAAAGCUUGGUCAUGAAAUGCGCGAUUUGCAAUGAGAGAUUUAAAAGUAGCGUCAUAAAGGAAAGGCACAUGGUCGCCAAGCAUGGGAUGACGCCUGAAAUCUAUAAGUGUCUAGCCUGCGAGAAAACCUUUACAACCCCUAACGCCUUACAGGCACACACGAGAAGAAUUCACCUGAUCGAUAGAAGAUAUCAAUGUAAGGAAUGCGAAAGGAAUUUCUUUUCUGGAGUAGAGUUGAAAUAUCAUAUGGCGACGCACACAGGCAAGAGGGAGUUCCAGUGUGACCUUUGCUUGAAAUGGUUCACCAGAAAAUGCGGCUUAUAUCAACACAUGCAUAUCCAUGCAAACGACAAACGGUUUACAUGUACGCACUGUGGGCGAGCGUUUAUACACAGAAACAGUUGGCGUGCACAUGUGCGUUCUACACAUGGCGAGAUAGCUUAUAACGCAACAUAUGUUCACUAA